UAUAAAUAUUUAAUAAUUUUGUAAAUAUUUAAUAUUGAAACUUGUACUAGUAAUAUGGAAUUAAGAGAUAUAAAUUAUGACAAAGGAGAAUAUGUAGAAACGGCUUCAGGUAACAAGGUGUGUCGUCAAACUGUAUUAUGUGGGUCUCAAAACAUAGUUUUACAGGGAAAAGUAAUAGUUCAGUCCGAUGCAAUAAUUAGGGGCGAUUUAGCGAAUGUUAAAACAGGAAGGUACUGUAUUAUUAGUAAAGAAGCAGUUCUAAGACCUCCCUACAAAAAAUUCAGUAAAGGGGUAGCAUUUUUCCCAUUGUCAAUAGGAGAUCAUGUUUAUAUUGGAGAAAAAUCUCUUGUAAAUGCAGCUACUGUAGGAAAUUAUGUUUAUAUUGGUAAAAACUGUGUAAUAGGCAGAAGGUGUAUCUUAAAAGAUUGUUGUGUCAUUGAAGAUAAUACUGUCUUGGCACCAGAAACUGUUAUACCACCAUUUACAAGAUAUGGAGGCUCUCCAGGUUCUUAUAUUGGAGAUUUGCCUGAAUGUCAAGCAGAUUUGAUGGUCGAUUUUACUAGAAGUUACUAUCAGCAUUUUCAACCUACAAAAUUAAUUUAAUUUUUAAAAGCUUUUUGUAUGUGUUUGUUAUAUUUAUUAUUUAUAUAUUAUGCUGAAAUAUUUACAGUAAAUUUUUUUAUGUGAA